UCAUAAUGCAACAUUUUUGGGUUACAAAGAAAACUGUCCAGAGAAAAUUGGGAACCAAGGAAGAUGAACACAUUAUAUCUUCUGAUGCAGAUCUUGAUGCAAAAAUUGAAGUCUUUAAGUCAAUUUCGGAGACGAGCACUGAAUUAAGCAAAAUUAUUGAGCAAUAUCAAGAACGUCUGUGUAUACUCUCACAGGAAGAAUCUGUUUUUGGAAGAUUCUUGAAAGAAGCAGGCAAGAGGAGUAAAACGACAGGUCAAAGUAUUUCCAAUACCGGAAAAUCAGUGUCAUAUUGCGGCCAGCAGAGGAUGUGUAUAAGAAUGCCAUUAUUGCGGUUACAGCAUGAAGUCGAUAUAUUUCGAAAUCGUGCCAUUGUUGACACACAAUCCACUAUAUCUGUUAUGGAAAAAGAACGAACCGAGUAUAGGGCAGCUUUGGAGUGGAUGAAGUCAUCAAGUUCGGAAUUAGAUCCAGAUACCGGGAGGGGCGUAGACAAAUUCAGAACAGCUCAAGCACACGUUCGUGCAGCAAAGCAAAAUUUUGAUACCCUGUCAAUGGAUUCAAUACAAAAGAUCGAUUUAUUAGCUGCCGCUCGAUGUAACAUGUUUUCCCAUGUUUUGGUUUCAUAUAUAACUGAAUUGAAGCAGUUUGGACUGAAAACAAGUGCGACUUUUGAUACAAUUUCCAAAGCUCUUGAACAGAAACCAAGAUAUGACUUUUGCAUUCUCAAAGACUUGACACAAUACGAAGAAGCCCCAGAUAAUGUAAAAAACAUCCCGGCGUUUGAUAAUGACCAAACAUUAUUCUUCGCUUCUGAUUAUGCAGAUUCAAAUAACGAUGAAGUCGCGGCCAAAGAUGUUAACCAUGGCGUAUUAGAUGUCAAUGAGCAACGUAACAAUCCCUUAAUUGAACUUAGUACUAAUGACAGUCUUAUGGAUAUAAGCACCAUUGACAACAAUUCCAAUAUAGGAUUAACCUUGGUUUCGUCUCUAUGUGCUGACAACAAAUCAACAGAAAUAAAACAAAACAACUUAUUUGGUCAGAAUACAAUCACUUCAAAAAUACCUGCGGCUAUCAAACUUCAGAAAAAGGAAAUGGACACAACAUUAAAUAUUUCUCAAACGGACAAAUCAUCUUCUGGAAAAGGCUUAAAGCAAAAAUCGUGGAUUGAACUAUUUGCCGAUUUGGAUCCUUUAGCAAACCUGGAGGCAUUUGAUCUUAAAAUGAAUGGAAACUUAAAGAGUUCGCAACAAACGUGA